UUCGUUUUCUUUCGAAGGGUUCAUUCCAUUUUCUUUUCGACUUUUCGAUCAGUCUGUGUUUGACAAGGGAACACGCCGUUAGUGAGUUGGUCAAAUUUGCUGAGUUGAGUUAGUAUUUAAUUUGUGAUAUUAAAUGAAGACUGUGCUAAUUCAUAAGAACCAGCAAAGAUAAAAUACGACACAACACAAUGGAUGAUGAUCAGCAGUUCUGUCUUCGAUGGAACAAUCACCAAAGCACACUCAUAUCCGUGUUCGACACUUUGUUGGAAAAUGGAACACUAGUGGAUUGCACACUGGCGGCGGAGGGCAAAUUCCUAAAAGCACACAAGGUGGUCCUCUCGGCAUGUAGUCCGUAUUUCGCGGCUCUGCUUUCCCAGCAGUACGACAAGCACCCCAUCUUCAUACUCAAAGAUGUAAAAUUUCAAGAGCUCCGCGCCAUGAUGGACUACAUGUACCGUGGCGAGGUAAACAUUUCACAGGAUCAGCUGGCUGCGCUUCUGAAGGCGGCCGAGUCCCUGCAGAUCAAGGGUUUGUCCGAUAAUCGGGGCUCGUCCUCGUCGUCGGCAGCACCACCAUCGCAGCAGAAGCAGCAGCAGAGUGAAACUGCAGCGGCAAAGACGUUGCCGCCACCCGUACCUGUGAAUAAGGCUUCAGGUUUGACGAUCGAGAACAAAAGGCCUUUGAAAUCGGAAUUGCAUGAUUCGGACCUGUCCGGAUCGCGAGAAGGUUCUACUAGUCCCACAUCACGGAAGCGGAAGAAAGUUCGACGAGGAAGCGUCGACACCAACAACCUAACGGAUAAUCAUGACCAGCAUUCAAAUUCCUCAUCACAUUCAAUGCACUCUUCCCUGCAACCGCAAGCUCUGGCUCUGACGUCCGGCUCGUCCGCGAUCGUGGCUAGUGUUCCCGCUAUCAACAACGCCGCUACCUCCCUGUCGUCGUCGUCGACGACGGCCGCCGCCGUCGUCGCCGCAACAUCCGCCGCGUCUGCCGUAACCAGUGCGAAUGUGCUGGCGGCCACCGCCUCCGCUGUCGCUGCUGCAGCAUCAGCUGCCAUCAAAAAGACUGAAUCCGUUCAACAGCAGCAGGUUGCGGAAGCGCUGAAGCUGCAGCUUGUCAAACAACACCUCCCGACCAGCACGCAACAGCAGCAGCAGCAACAACUACAAAAGGCACAAGACACGGAAGAAGACGAGGAACUGAGCGAAACGGAACAUGGUGACGGACACGGCGACGAUGAUUCGGACAAUGAACUGGAUGAACCUCAAAGCAAACGACGGCAAGCACAAGGUGGCGACGGCGAAGAUGGCAAGUCAAUUAACCAAUCCGAGCUGAUGAUUGAACCAAAAAAUGAGUACGACGACGGACAGGAUGAAAACGUCGAAGACCUAACGCUGGACGAGGAAGAGUUGCUGGACGAUUUGGAUCAGGCCGGACCGAGCCACGGAGAAGGAUCUAGUCAAGGUUAUGCACAAUGGCAAAUGGAACGUGAACAAAACGAAGCGUUUAUGGCAGCUCAGGACGCUGUCGGAGGACCACAUCGAGACGCACAAGACUGCAUCGAAAUGCUCGAACCGAAGGUGAUGAUCAUGGACGACGGAUUGGCCCGGUAUGUUUGCCCCCAAUGUGGAGUCAAGUACAAAAAACUGAGCGCGCUUCGUGGCCAUAUGAAGGAAUGCGGGAAAGGUGCGCAGUGUCCGCUCUGUCCGAAGAUCGUCACCCAGCGGCGAAACCUGCCGAAACAUAUGGAACGCCACCGGCGGGAUGGAUUGAUGGAGUUUCACCACUUUAUCGACAGCUUCCCCAUGCUGAACUCGACUUUCUGAGCACCUGAGCGAGAAUGGGAGAUAGUUUUUAAAUCAUGACAAUUUUGAUUUCCAGCGAAACACGCUCAGUUUGAAACAUAGGACUGAUGAGAGAUACUCGUAGAACGCGUUGAGGUGGAAAUUAAAAGAGGCCAAACGAAAGUAUUAGUUACGGUGAUAUUUUUGUGCGAAAUUUAGAGUAAGCUUAGUUUAGGAAUACAUACUUUAAAAUGGUUACUUUCCAGCAACUAAAAAGCAGUUACUGUAGCUAAGUUUAAUCGCGUGAAAAACCUACAUUUUGAAAAGUGAUUUUAAGUAUAAUCUACCUCUACGAAGAAUGUAAGCGAGGGUGUGUUCGGCUAAGAAAAUGAGUUAGCCCAUAAAUAUUAAUUUACGAUAAAUCGACAAGUUUUCUUCAGUCUAAAAUUUAGGUCCGUCGUGAUAAAUGAUCGGUUAAAGCUCAAACUAAAUGUGUGUACAUUUUACAAAUUACAGGGAGGAUUAGAUUAAAAUCAUAGCAUGCUUUAGUAGCAUUAGUUUCAACCUGAAACACAUUUUGAUCAGCUAAAAAUGAAACGGACAAAUCUCGAAUGAAAGAUUGGAUGUGUUUAAUAAAUAAUCUGUAAUCAUCCUA